AUGACUAGCGCCGCCAGCAACUGCAAAAUUGAUCUGCUCGAGUCUCCGUUCGUCAGCACCUCGGUAAGAAGAAUAAGUACUUGAAAUACAUAAAAUUCUCAAUUUCAGACGAUUAGCUCGACCAAUUCCGUUCAAUUCGAAGUCGACAUUGCCGACUACGUCAACCCACCACGUGCAGAGCCGGUUGACAACGAACCGAAGGGAUACGUGAGUUUGAGCAUUAGUUUUUGUACUUUCUGCUGGUUUUCUUGCAGUGUGCUAUGGUUGCAAAAGCUUUUGUCUCGCUUUUCAUCGGUCUAACCAUUCUCGUUGGCGCUGCUUCGUGGACUACUUUUGACUAA